GGAGAGACUUGCUCUUCAGUGGUUUUUGUACUACUGUUUCUGGUUCUAGCCAGGUUUCUGGACUGAGACUAGUUUUGUGAACUGGUUCUGGUUUCCGAUGGAGAGUCUCCCCGCCUCCCCUGUUUCUCUGGUUUUCCUGGAGGAGACCAAGAAGAACCCAUCCAAUGGUGAUGAGUAUGUGUCCUCAGCAGCACCUAACGUCCCACCGACGGUCGUGUUGAAGAACUCCGGUGAUGGUCCUGACAAGAAAGAAGGUGUGGUCCCGGGGGUGGGGCCAGUAUACCAGGAGCGAGAGACAUGGACCCGGCAGAUGGACUUCAUCAUGUCUUGCGUUGCCUUCGCUGUAGGACUUGGAAAUGUUUGGAGGUUCCCGUACCUGUGCUAUGAGAAUGGAGGAGGUGUCUUCCUGAUUCCUUACUUGCUCUUCGUCUUCGUUGGAGGAAUCCCCGUCUUCUUCCUAGAAAUCUCUCUGGGUCAGUUCAUGAAGGCCGGUGGAAUCAACGUGUGGAACAUCGCGCCACUCUUUAAAGGUCUGGGUUACGCCUCCAUGGUCAUCGUGUUUUUCUGUAACACCUACUACAUCAUGGUGUUGGCCUGGGGCCUCUACUACCUGGUCAAGUCGUUUAGCUCCACCCUGCCCUGGUCCACCUGUGAUAACGAAUGGAACACACCCAGCUGCGUGGAGACCUUCCAGCACCAGGACUGUAAAAACCGCAGCCUCGCCAACAUCACCAUCACCAGCAACAUGACCUGUGCCCAGCUGGCAAACGCAAGCUCACCCAUCGUCGAGUUCUGGGAGAACAAGGUGCUGGACAUCUCAUCUGGUUUGGAUGAACCUGGACGUCUGAACUGGGAGAUCCUGCUGUGUUUAAUGGCCGCGUGGGUGAUUGUUUAUUUCUGUGUGUGGAAGGGAGUCAAAUCCACCGGGAAGGUGGUCUACAUCACAGCCACCUUCCCGUACCUGGCCCUCUUCAUCCUGCUGGUCAGAGGUGUGACUCUCCCUGGUGCUUAUGAUGGAAUCAUGUACUUUAUCAGUCCUGACUGGUCCAAGCUGUCCCAGGCAAAGGUGUGGAUAGACGCCGGGACACAGGUCUUCUUCUCAUACGCCAUCGGCCUUGGUGCUCUGACGGCGCUGGGAAGCUACAACCGCUUUGACAACGACUGCCACAAAGACGCCUUCAUCCUCGCCUUCGUCAACAGUGGAACCAGUUUCUUUGCUGGUUUUGUCGUCUUCUCUACUCUGGGCUUCAUGGCUGCAGAGCAGGGAGUGGAAAUCUCACAGGUGGUUAAAUCAGGUCCAGGUCUGGCCUUCAUCGCGUAUCCAAAGGCAGUCUCGUUGUUACCCGGGUCACCGCUGUGGGCGGUGCUCUUCUUCAUCAUGCUGCUGCUGCUUGGCCUCGACAGUCAGGUGAUCAACUCCCACAAUCCUUCACUUUCACCACACACUUAUCGUCCGUUCUUCUGGGUCAAGUGGUGCUGGUUGUUUGUGACUCCAUGUGUGUGUAUGGGCAUCUUCCUGUUUCAUCUGAUCACCUACAAACGUCUGACGUACAACAACGUGUACGUGUAUCCGUGGUGGGGCGAGGUGAUCGGCUGGUUCCUGGCGCUUUCGUCCAUGCUCUGUAUUCCCCUCACUUUCAUCUACAAACUCUUCAGAGCCAAAGGCUCCUUCGCUGAGCGCUGGUCUUACCUGACCACACCAGUGUGGGGCGCUCAUCACCUGGAGUACAUGGCUGCGCCCCUGACGCCGGGCGUCGGCGACGACAGGGUCGUUAUCUCCGAGACCGUCAUGUAGGGCGUCGACCAAUCCCAGAGCUCCACCUCCAACCGCCAUGACCUCGACCUCCAGAGCCACCGACCAGUCGUCACCAUUGAGAUGAGAAAAACAAAAAACAACACAGUUUAGGCCGACGCCCACUAUCUGUUUUUCUGUCAUGUGAUCAGAUAGAAAAAUUAUGUUGCUUCAAAUCAGUCUGAUGAUCAGUGUAAUCUGAUCUAAUCUAAUCUGAUCUAAAUUGAACUAAUCUGAUGUAAUCUAAUCCGAUCUGAUUUGAGCUAAUCUGACAUAAUCUGAUGUAAUCUAAUCUGAUUUGAUAUAAUGUGAUAUAUGAUAUAAUGAUUUGAAGGAAAACAAAGGAAACUUUCAGCAGAGGCUGACAUGGUCACAUGACCACGCCGAGCUCAGUGGGGGUCACGUGACCACUGAAUGCACUUUACUUCACCUCUGACCUAGGGUCUGAACUCAAGGUUCCAGUGAGAUUUCAGUUUCCUCAUGCAUGUCACCAAGGAGGCGGAGCUACGACUCCUGAAAGGAAAACAGAGAUGAUCGAUCGAUCUGAUUAUUGGUGAAUGAAACUGAGCCGAUUGGUGAUAUUUGAAUAAUUUACUUUAAAAUUAAAAAGAAAUGCCAUCUCAUGCACUUUGACGUUGUUGUGGCUGAAAUCUCACUGGAUCUGACCUUUGGCCCCUCCUCAGGCUCCACCCCCUCAGGUCAACUGAAGUGCCAAACAGACACUGAUUUCAGACUCACAGCUGCCAAUCAUGUUCACUGAGCUCCUCCCUCUGCCUCUGACCACCCCCAGCUCCUCCCUCCCUGAGCUCCACCCUCUGCCUGUGAACCCCCCACCUUCUCCCUCCCUCCCUGAGCUCCACCUUCUGUCUCUGAUCCCCCCAGCUCCUCCCUCCCUGAGCCCCUCCCUCCAGCACAGAGCUCCUCCCCUCACAGACACGUUUAAUCCAAAAUCAAGAACCAACAAAGAUCGUGAUGAAUAAAAAUGCGUCAUCAUGGAGACGUGAUGAUGAUUCACAUGUCCUCAGUGUGUGCUGCGCCACCUGGUGGCCCGAUAGGAGCUGGAGGAUUUAUGCCUUAUGACGCCAAUUUUCUCGCCAUCAGCUGUCUGAGGGGGCGUGUCUACAACGGUCUCCUAGCAACCAGUCACACAGCGCGGGUGGGAUUUACGAUGACGUCGUUUGCUGCACUUUUUAAAAAAAAAAUUAUUUUAUAAAAAAUAUCAGAGAUUUAUCAAUAAUUAUUGAUCAUGUGUGUGAUCGUUUAUAUUUUGAUUGAGUAAAUGUCCGCGCUGCCGUCUGCCACCAGCAGGAGGCGACUGUGGGAGGAGUCUCAUACUUUUUGUUUUUACAGAUUUAAAGCAGUGUUUGUGUGAAGCAGCGAGGGGGUGGGGCUUCUGUUGUGGUGGGUUUGUCUUUGUGUUAUUGACGCAAAAUGAAAUGUUUAAAAAAAAAAUUCCUGUUCUUUAUUGAUACUUUACCUCUGACCCGCCCACUGCUCGUCUCCGCCCACUCCUCGUCUCCGCCCACUGCUCGUUUAAAAUAAUACUACAAGCUUAAACUCCAUUUCCCAGCAGGCAUGAAUAUUUUACAUUUUUAUUAGAUUCAAAAAAAAUAAGUUGAGUUUGUUAAUAAAUGUAAUGAAAAAUGAGUUGAGUUGUAAAAUAAGUUUUUUAAAUUAUUAACAAAAUAAUAUUUUGUUUAAAAAAACAACAUAAACAUACACAUUUUAUUUUAAUAUUAAUUAACAAAAAAUGAUUUACUUUAAAAGUCAAUGUUACUUUAAGACUUUUAGAAAACCUUUAUAAGCAAAGUAAAACAAAAAAUUGUGAUAAAAAUCUAUUAUUUAUAACAUUAUGAUGUGUCGUCGUUUGAUCUUUGAGACAAAAGUUUUAACUUUUAAAAUGCAGCUUCAUUUCUCGAGUGAUUUCAGAUUUGACCAUAAACAACAAAAUGAUUUCCUGUCUGCAGUGAGACCAGCAGGAGGCGCUCUACUCCUCCUGUGUCUGCAGUGAGACCGGCAGGAGGCGCUCUACUCCUCCUCCUGUGUCUGCAGUGAGACCAGCAGGUGGCACUCUACUCCUCCUCCUGUGUCUGCAGUGAGACCAGCAGGUGGCACUCUACUGUCUUUAUGCCCCGCCCACGCUUUGUUGUAACAGUGUCACUUCCUUUUUACGUUGUCUUUCUGACUAGCAAAACAAAAGUUAUUGAUUAUAAGUAAUAUUUACACUAAUGAUGACAUGAGAUGCUAACGAGAUGCUAACGAGUCACUCUCUGAUGAUGUCAUUAUUUGUUUCAUUGACCUCUGACCCUGCAAGGGUCACAUGUUCUAAUCCACUGUGAUCAUUGUAGUUUCUUCAGCAAUAAAAGCAGCAGAUUAACACUUGA